GGGUACCUACAUGUGUAGUUGAGGUGUUUGGCGGCAUGCACGUGCUUUCCGUGACUAUAUAAGGAGACAACAGAGACGACGGACGGCAGUCUGUCAACAUGCUGCAGCCACUCAAGCUGACCCUCGUUGUCCUCGCGCUCCUCGGCCUCCAUAAAGGGGCGGAGGGGCAGAUGUGUCCAGUGAUAUACAUCGACAAUGAGUGGGACGGCAACUACAACGCCAUCUUCUCCAUCGUCACCACCAUUCCUCUCUUCUACCUCGAGGUCUCCAUCACUUUUGACAACCCCUUGGACUUCAUGGAGUACUGGCAGGGGACUAUAGAAGUGGUCGACAGCACUCACUACGUCCUCACCAACCCGAAUCUCAUCGCUGAAGCCAAUGAUGUUGUCGAGUUCAACUUUCACGUGGCCUACUCGGGCGAAAAGCCGUUGGCAGUGGAGGUGGUGAUGAACGGAGAAGAUGUGUGUGAUGGAACCGGGGCCUGGACGACCCACCCGCCCGUCGAUAACCCCUGCCCGGCCACCGGCAUGACACCCUACGAUUACAGUCAGGUUCUUUGUAUGUCGUACGUGUUUUACGAGGCCCAGCGGUCUGGCUCCCUGCCGUCCACACAGCGCAUCACCUGGCGGAUGGACUCAGCCCUCGACGACGGCUCAGAUGUUGGACACGACCUGACGGGCGGCUACUAUGACGCCGGUGACCACGUCAAGUUCGGCUUCCCCAUGGCCUUCACCGCCACCAUGUUGGCUUGGGGCCUCGUCGACUUCGCUGAGGGACACGAUGCUGCUGGGCAAACAGACUAUGGCCUGGAGGCCGUGAAGUGGGCGACGGACUACUUCCUGAAGGCGUACACGGACACCACGGAGUUCUACGGACAGGUCGGACUAGGGUCGCCUGACCACGGCUACUGGGGCCCGCCCGAGGUCAUGACGAUGGAGCGCCCCUCUUUGAAGAUCGACGCCUCGGCUCCGGGGUCCGAGCUGGCGGGAGAGACGGCCGCCGCGCUGGCCGCUGCCUCCAUUGCCUUCAAGGACGUGGACUCAGCCUACUCUGACGAGCUGCUGGCGGCGGCGAAGGGCCUCUAUGACUUUGCCGACCAAUACCGAGGAGACUACCACAACGCCAUCACAGACGCUGCGGCCUAUUACAGGUCGUGGAGUGGGUACGGGGACGAGCUGUGCUGGGCUGCUCUCUGGCUCUACCGCGCCACGGGGGACGCGUCCUACCUGGACAAGGCUCAGGCUGCGUGGGACGAGUUUGAAAUGGCUGGGGAUGAGGUGUUACAAUUCUCUUGGGACGACAAACACGCCGGCGUGUUUGCCUUGGGCUCGAUGGUUGACCCAACAAACAGCCAGUACGAGACUGGGCUCAAGACCUUCCUCGACUUCCUGAAGAACGACGCUCCCUAUACUCCCGAGGGUCUCGUCUUCCUCGACCAAUGGGGCGCCAACAGGCACGCCGCCAACGUCGCUUUCAUCGCUCUUUGGGCGGCCAAGUAUGGUGACUCUGCCGAGGCCGCGGACAACCAGGCGUGGGGGACUGGGCAGAUCGGGCAACUGCUUGGCGACGGCGAACGCUCCUUCGUGGUGGGCUACGGCGCCAACCCGCCCGAGAGGCCCCACCACCGCUCCAGCUCGUGCCCGUGGCUCCCCAACCCCUGCGACGUUAACUGGGCCCAGCAGCAGCCCGGGCCCAACCCUCACGUGCUGUGGGGCGCGUUGGUGGGCGGCCCAUCCGAGGACGGUACAUACGUGGACGAACGAAUGGAUUACGUACAUAACGAGGUGGCUUGUGACUAUAAUGCUGCCUUCUCCGGUGCUCUGGCCGCCCUGGUGGAGCUGAGCUGAGGCGCGCCAUCGGCUUCCCUGCAGUGCCGCACGGAGGGAGCGGGAUGAUCCUUGCCCCACCUACAUUGUGCCCUGCUGCAUGUAAAGGGAAAACAUUUACUAACCAAC